UUUGUGACGAUAAAGGCUGUUUGUUCAUCUACCGUGACAGACCUAUUUCAUUGCGAAAUAAUCUCCGCUGCAACAGAACGGAGUUAUAUAGUGUUGUCACAAGAUAUAAAUUGUUUUACUUACUUAGCUACGGAUAGAUUCUUUUUUUCUAUAAAAUGACAGACAGAUCAGGUAAUCCUCCACUAUACCCUGAGCCUAGCAAAGGCUUUUCAGGUCAAUAUGGAACAGAUUUUGGAGGGGCUAACACAACACAAGGCAAUGCAUAUCCACCACAGACUGGGGCGUAUCCUUCACAAGGUGGAGCAUAUCCAGCACAGUCAGGAUACGGUUUUUCGCAACAAACGACAACAGCAGUGGUAAUGACACAGCCUAAUACAAGGCAGGUUGUUGCAAUGCCUAGGCCCCCAGAUUACAUGGUCGCCUCUAUUUUUGCUUGCCUUUGCUGUUUCUGGCCCACUGGUCUAUGUGCUAUAUAUUAUGCAGCACAGGCAAGCAGAUUGGCGGCGGAAGGUGAUAUGGCUGCUGCAACAAGCAUGUCAAAUAACGCGAGAAACCUUAUGAUUUCCAGCAUUGUCAUAGGAGUUAUUUGGAUAGCCCUUGUUAUUGUUCUGCAAGUGGUUGUUUAUUCAAAUACUUAUGACAGGUAUGGUUAUUAAAUGGGAUCUUUUACCAUGGUACUACUAGAAUACAUCAGACAGACAUAUCAAGAAUACGUACUCACAGUCGACCUUUCUUUCAGCACAAUCAAAAGUACAUAUUUAGAUGGCCUUCGUACUUCAUAAAGACGCGCUACAGCUAGUCACUUGAUAGUGAUUGUUUUUGUCUGGUAAUUGAACACUAUGGUGUCGGUUUUGCACUAAUCAUUUCUUUCACGUCAAGAAAGGGAAUGCCAUUCAGUAAUUUUGUUGUUAGAUAAGAGAUAAAUGAAUAAACCGUCACUUACGGAAUGAUUUAGAAUUUUGUAUUAAAGGAAUAUUUCAAAACAUAGCCUUUAUUAAUUUUAUAAUUCACACAAAUCACUAAUUAAAGUAAGUCAAAUAUAUAUAAGAAAUCUUAUCUAAACAUAUCUCUGAAAAAGAAUAACUUUUUAUGUGUUAGCCAAUAUUCAGUCUUCAUAGAUAGAAUUUCAACUGAAGCCCUUGUUACUUGAAGUCCUAAAUCAUUUCGUAAAUACAUCUUUCAUUCUGUGAUACUGUUUGUGUUUUAUAGUUUUCAUUCUUUUUAGAGCAUCUUUGAAAUAUGCCCAGUACAUUUCGUUUAUUUCUCAAAGUUUGGAAAUGUAAUGCAUUUUAUGUGCUUUGAGAUAUUUCGUCAUGGUUCAAAUUUUAUAAAAGCACGUGUUUGCUGUGGAUGGCGUUUAACGUAACUAUGUUACAGUAAAAUAUUAUUCAUUAAUAAUGUCUGGUACGCCGACAUAGUAAAAUAAUUCAUAGUUAUUACUAUAGUUAAAACUAUCCAUAAGAAUGGUGUAUGACAAAAAUGUUCAUAAGACAUUCAUUGAUAGUUAAAGACGUUCAAGGCUUCUGUUUGAGAUCCAUUAAAGAUGUAUUACUAAUUUUUUUAUUCAUCA